CGGUGACAGGCACACGCACAGCCUGGAGAUCCGGGAGCGGAGCGGCGGAAUUGGAGCGGCCGACAGCAGUGCACGCCCAUCGGCUUCCAGGUGCAGGAGACAGACCGUGGAGAAGGACGGAGGAGACAGACUUAUAAACUAACAUCUAAGAUGGCACUAGCCAGAGAUCCAGGGGCGGGCCCGGAGCAGAGGGAUGCAGCCGACCAAAACUUUGACUACAUGUUUAAGCUGCUGAUCAUCGGCAACAGCAGCGUGGGAAAGACAUCCUUCCUAUUCCGGUUUGCCGAUGACUCCUUCACUUCAGCCUUUGUUAGCACAGUGGGCAUCGACUUCAAAGUGAAGACCAUCUACAGGAACGACAAGAGGGUCAAACUUCAGAUCUGGGACACCGCAGGGCAGGAGCGCUACCGGACCAUCACCACAGCUUACUACAGAGGAGCCAUGGGCUUCCUGUUGAUGUAUGAUAUCACAAGCCAGGAGUCAUUCUGUGCUGUUCAGGACUGGGCAACCCAGAUCAAGACGUACUCAUGGGGCAACGCUCAAGUUGUGCUGGUAGGCAAUAAGCUGGAUUUGGAAGAGGACAGGCAGGUCCCCACUGAAGAUGCCCAAAGACUGGCUACAGAGCUUGGCUUCCAGUUCUUUGAGGCCAGUGCCAAAGACAACGUCAACGUGAAGCAGGUUUUUGACAAACUGGUGGAUGCCAUCUGCGAGAAGAUGAACGAGAGCGUCAACGGUGAUGCCAGUCCAUUGUCGGCCAAUCACAAGGAGGCAGGCCUGAACGAGACACCCCGCAGCAGCCCGGGAGGCUGUGCGUGCUGAUAGUUGGCAGUGGAAAUUCAUAGAAAGCGGGUUUCAUGGUCACACAUACACACGCACACACACAGAUUAUCUGAAUUGUCAAAAACCUAUCAUUGUGAAUGUACUUAUUCAUGUUACUUCAACACUAUCAUGGAUGCCUUGCUCUCCUUUUUUUCAUUUUAUCUUUUCACAACUUGGUGACAAGUCCAGCUUCAUCGUGAUUCAAAUGUGACUGUUACACUGAGAUGCCAAAGAGCUGCAUUGAGCAGCUGUGCCUUUUGUCCGACACCUCUGCACAGUGGGUGAACAGCACCUGUUGCAGGUGAGGAUGUGAAUGAAAGGCAAAAGCCAAAAUUCAGCACGGCAUGGAGAUCACUGUGAUUUACUUUUGUCAUGCUGCCCCCUUGUGGGUGUUGCAUGAAAAUACAUCACUGUGACUCAUUACCGCACACUGUGUAUCCUGUGAACUUCUGAUCCUGCUGAGGAAGAAGGCUCACUAACUGUUAUGUACAAAGUCAAACAUACCUGAAGGUUGAAGUCAAACAUACCUGAAAGGUGCUGUGUCAUUCCAAGUCUAUGUGCCCAGUCCAGACUUGUUAUUACUGAGGGAUGUUCUCAUUUGCUUUAAUUUAUAUUUUUCUGUUUUUAUUUUCUGUUCGUACCUUCAGUGGUUAAUGCUAGUUAUUUCCUUUGCCAGGUUAAUGUGUCUCUAAAAGUUGAGAUUAAAAGAUGUGGAUCUAUA